AUGGGUGGACAGUUCACCCCGUACGAUGAUGUGAGGUGUCGGCACUACGCCGCGUUUACAUCGCAUCUCACAAGAUUCCAUUUCGAUGUUAUGUACUGGGUACUUUUCCUCCUGGUCAUCGGCACCCUUUUUCUAGCAUCGUGGAUCUACCAAUGGACAAUGACCUACCGAGAGACGCCGAAUUAUUCCGAAGAGAAAUUCAGGAGGAAGCUCAAGGUCUCGUUGGGGUGCUCGUCAACGUUGUUCCUGGUUGCUGCCGUCCUUCUGGUAAUGGAAGUUUACGCAUUGCUGGCCUUGCAAUUCUGCGACGGAGAGGACCUCAUGUCGUUAUAUUGGUCAACGUGGACGAUGCUACAGUUGGGAUCCGAGAUCGCCAUCCUGGGCAUCGUCCUCGCGUUGUGGCAUCAUCUCUGCGACGUUAAACACCCACUUUGGGCCCUUGCACUGGGUACCCCUGUGCUGGUCGUUGCCGGGUUCGGCCAUGUGAUCUCGUUGACGCUCGAAAUGUUCUAUAAGAAGGCUAAAGCCCGCCGCAGCACGAGACGAGCCUCUCGCAGCGGCGCUCUCAGCGAGAAAGACGUGGCCACUUCUUCUUCGGAUACUAGCAUCAAACCCGACCGGGAAGAGACCGAGCAACGCAUGCGCGACGACAGCAUUGCCGAGCAGGGUCGGUCCAUGUACUUCACUCUAGAUGUGGGCGACGACGAACGCGUGAAGGCAUGGCCCUCUUUCGUCGGCAUGUCAGACGGCAGGGCGGUCGUCCAAUUGAAAGCAUUUCAACCCGAAGGUGGGCCAACUGCUGCACCGUUGGCAUCUGGAGCCGCGGGCCCCAGCAGGAGGUCUUGA